AUGGCAAACUCCCAAUCCCCAUCUGCAUCAAUCAUGGUCGAUAAUGAUGCCAUCAAACCUUCGUUCUUGCGCCAGGCCACGACGAAAGCCUCUCAAUACCAUUCGCGGGUGCCAUACCUACAAAAACUCCCCUUUCCUGCAAUCGCAAUCAUCCUGACGCUGAUCAUUGUCAAUCUUCUUGUUUGGGCAGCUGUGGGUGUCGUGCUCCACUGGCACACUCCUCUUGUAUCCACAGCGAUUCUGUCCUACACCCUAGGGCUCCGCCAUGCUCUUGAUGCCGAUCAUAUCUCUGCCAUUGAUCUGAUGACAAGGCGCUUAAUUGCCGCUGGUCAGCGUCCGGUCACAGUGGGCAUGUUCUUCUCACUUGGCCACUCGACUAUAGUCAUCAUCACUUCCUUGGUCGUAGCAGGGACUGCUGCAGCAGUGUCAUCGAAAUUCGACAACUUUGCGCGUGUAGGUGGUAUCAUCGGAACUUCGGUCUCCGCCGUUUUCCUACUUCUUCUAGGUAUCAUGAACGUUUACAUUUUGUACAAACUGGUCGUACAAAUGAAGAAUAUGAUUGCAAGUGAGCCCGGAUCCGAGCAUGAACAAUUCAAGAUCCAAGGAGGGGGCUGCUUAUUUCCGAUAUUGCAAAAAUUGUUCAGGCUGAUUGACAGGCCGUGGAAGAUGUAUCCGCUUGGGGUCAUGUUCGGACUCGGCUUCGAUACUUCAUCCGAAAUAGCGAUUUUGGGCAUCUCCUCGAUCCAGGCCACAAAAGGAACAUCGAUAUGGCUAAUCCUCAUCUUCCCGCUGCUAUUCACAGCUGGCAUGUGCCUGCUAGACACAACAGAUGGCGCACUAAUGAUGAGCCUAUACACGAGUACUCAGCUAGCGCGCGAUCCGAUCGCAAUUUGCUACUACAACAUCGUCCUAACCGUCAUCACAGUCAUCGUAGCAAUCGUAAUCGGCACGAUACAGUUCCUCAAUCUGAUCUUGAACGUUGCGGAACCCCAUGGAAAAUUCUGGGAUGGUGUUGAGAGACUGGGUGAAGCUUGGGAUAUUGUCGGUGGAGCAAUUUGCGGCACAUUUAUCGUGUUUGGCGGAUUAAGUGUCGUUCUGUAUAAGCCAUGGAGGCGACGCAUCGAUAAGAGGAGAGUUCGGGAUGCGCAUUUUGAACCCCUAUCGCAAGACCCAAGCAAUGCUCGUGCAGAAGAGGAAGAGAUACAAGCACCAUUCACGACAAGGCAGGUUGCUAUCAAGGAUCCGAAUGUAAAUAUUGAGUCAGUAGAACAGACUGAUGGCGCUGGGCCUGUCAGCGGAGAACGAUAA